AUGUCUGGAGAGAACAGCAAUGACGCGUCCGUCUGCCCCGUCAACUUUGCCGAGCUUGACUAUGAUCGCAUCACUCCCGCCGAGCCAUACGUCUUCGUUCUGAAAGGAAACAACCCCCCCAGCCAUGUCUCCUCCGUUGACUGGCUCACCAUGUCCAUCGUCUUCGACGACCCGCUCAAUCGCCGAGAUGCACACGUCCAAGCCCAGGAGCGUCUCCCGGUCGCAAACCGGCUGUACCGACCCGGCGUCUUUCUCAUUCCCGCGUACAACCUUCAAUUCGCUGCCGUGGUUUCCAACUACUUUGUCGACUUUGGAUUUCCCAGUCACGUCAAGGUUUGCGUCUGGUGGUCGGCGGACGACGGCGACGCCAACUUCAGAGCACAUCUCGGCCAGGUUUUCCGUGAUGGCAAGACCGCCCUGCACGCGAUCUUUACCACAUUCCCCGACUGCAAUCUAGAGCAGCACUGUCAAGGGCUUGAUCCCAAGGACCCUGAGACGGCCGACACCUUGUUUCUCGCAACGCCUCGGGCCAUUGCCGAGUGCGCAACUCUCGGCCCGCUGCUCAGUGAUCGAGCCAGAGCCAUCGUCGAUCAGGAUGACGAGGACCGGCUGGCUGUGUCUGGCGGCGAGGGACAAACUGUCGCUGACAGCCCUGCGCACCGUCAGUGGGAGGACGGUCUUGAGUUUGGAUUCUAG